AUGGAAAACUGGCCUCGUGCUGAUCUGAAAACAGCAGCUGGGGCCUCAGCGGUAUAUAAAGAUGUCGCCACGCUCAACCCAGUUCAAGAAGAAAUAAGGGUCAUUCAUCUUGAAGGCGGGGUAGACGAUUCACCCAUAAAAUGCACCCUGCACAAGGUCGAACUGAACUCGACUCCUCCUCCCAUUUAUGAUGCACUGAGUUAUACAUGGGGAGAUGCCACCGACACGAGAGAGAUCAUACUCAAUGGCUAUGUGGUCGACAUUACCUUCAACCUCUUUCAAGCUCUACGUCGUCUGCGACAAGGUGUAGAGAAGCAGAUCAUUUGGGUCGAUGCCGUUUGCAUUAACCAGCUUGAUUUGGAUGAGCGCUCACAGCAAGUUGGACUUAUGAGGAAGGUUUAUUCUUGGUGUGUACAAGCUGUCAUAUGGCUCGGUGAACCACCGGACCAGGCAACCCCAACGUUCGCGACUCAUUGGUUUGGAGAUGAACGCGAUGACGAAAACAUCGAUUGGCUAUGGGACAACUUUUAUGACUACGCAACUGACCCUGACCUGGACAGCAUGGAUGAGCAGACCGUUGACUGGUCCUUCCACGGCUUAGCGAUGCUCAGGUUACUCACGAGUGGACAUCUUUCAGAACACCCGCUGUUUGUCAAGUUGUUUGGCGAUGAUUUUGAAUACCCGCUGGACUACUCGGGCUAUUGCAAAUCGAUAACCAAGGCGCUCGAGCCAUUCGUUCGAAGUCCAUGGUGGACAAGGGUUUGGACUGUCCAGGAGUGCAUCCUGCCCCGUAAGGCAAUUCUACUCUACGGUCCAGUAUCAGUGGACUUCUUAUUUUUAAUCAAAGCAUUCUCAGCACUAUCCCAUCACAUGCUUUCCGACUGUUGUUCCCAUUACUUUUCCCGCUCAGACCCCGCAGUCCGAAUGUGGAUUCGUGAUCUGGGUUCAGAACUACGGAAUAUUGAGAUACUGCGCACGAAUCAGAAAAAUGGCACAAAGACGGAACUCUGGGACACCUUACUGACGUUUCGAAUGCGGAAGGCAACUGAUGAUCGCGACAAGGUGUUUGGUGUCUUGGGUCUCAUUGAUUCAUGGCCCGGUGCUCCAGUAGUAGCCGACUACAGGACAACGGCAGAGAUGGUCUAUCGCCAAAUCGUUAUCUCGAGCGCCAAAGAAACCUCAUCUCUACUGCCUCUUCACUUCCCACUGAUGAAAUUCAAUCACCCUGAUCUUCCGUCGUGGGUCGUAGACUGGACAACACCCGGUGGCCUUGGAAGUCAAGUCAAUACAUAUCAAUUCAGUCACGGAAUCUACAGAGUGUUCAAAGCAGGCAGGACCCAGGACUAUCAUUUUAUUCCAAGCUCAGAUGGAAAAGUCAUCGAAGUGAAGGGGCGUCGCUGUGAUCGAGUCGCUGUUGUUAGCACAACAGUGUCUGAAGGCGCGGCUAGUGGCAAGCGAAACGCCUACUGCGAUUGGUUCAAGAUGGCAGGACUUCAUCAAGACCCCUCAAGAAAGUACAUAACCGGAGUUUUGUUCUUUGAGGCAUUUUGGAGAUGUCUUUGCUGGAACGUCUUGCUUACGAUAUCGGAUGACAAGGAACCAAACUUCAACGCCAAAGCAGGCGAUAAGGUUCUUUACGAAGGGUUCCUGUCAUACUGCCUCAGCUCACCUAAAUCCAUAUUCCAUCCAAACGGCCUGUCCAAAGAGGAAAGGGAGGCCGUGUUACGUCUCGAUCCAAAAUUCACACCGGCUGAAGAUCAUGAGUGGGGGAUCUUCUCCACAUCGGGUUAUCUGGCGGAGCAGAUCAUCAAUGGUUUGACUGUCAACACAAAGAUGUUCAUGACAGAACAGGGAUAUCUUGGGGUAGGUCCUCCAGAUACUCAAGUUGGAGAUGAAGUGAAGUGUUUGUUUGGAGGCUGGAAGCCAUUCAUUCUUAGGUCGACUGGGAAGACUGGGGAAUUUGCUGCUGAAAAGACGAAAGUUCCGACUUGGAAAGUCCUAGGUACCUGCUAUUUACAUGGAAUCAUGGAUGGUGAGGUUGCGGACAAUGAGGACCUUCCGAUCGAGACGUUGCACUUGGCAUAG